AUGGAUACGAAUAUUUCAACUUCAAGUAUUAAAAGCAAUAAUAAAUACUUUUGUAACCAAGAGUCACCUUAUUAUGAUCCAAAAAUUUGUGAGUUGCUGUGUAAUAAUGCUAAAGAAUGUGAAUUGAACAUUUCUAAGAGAGCAUUAACUAUCCUUCCAAGAGAUUUAUUUCAUGGUCUCAAGGAUCUUCAACCUCAAAAAUUGAAUAUUAGCAAGAACAAGCUGACAAAACUGCCAAAAGAUGUCUUUAAACUUCUUGAUGAUCUUCGUACGUUGCAAAUAGAGUCUAACGAACUGAAGUAUCUAGAGCCGGGUAUUUUCUAUGAUUUAUUACAACUCAAAGAACUUGAUCUCAGCUUUAACAAACUUAUAACUCUAUCAAAAGAUAUAUUUAAUGGUCUACAAAAUUUAUCUUGCCUAGUAUUAAGUGCAAAUCAACUAAUUCAUCUUGAGAAAGGUACUUUUGAUGAUUUAUUGAACCUAAAGUGCUUAGGUAUCAGCAACAACAAUCUCACAACUUUAUCAAAAGAUAUAUUUAGUAGUUUGAAAGAGCUUUGUUUACUUCAUUUAAAUUCAAACAAACUAAAAAAUCUCGAGCCAGGUUGUUUUAAUGGUUUGUCAAAACUGUCUGAGCUUGAUAUGAGGAACAACAGUCAGCUAGCAACAUUAACCGAAGGUGUUUUCAAUGGUCUUGAAAAUCUUCAGAUACUAAAUUUAUCUUUUAACAAGCUACACAAUCUUGAGUCAGGUUGUUUCAAUUGUUUAUCACAACUUCGCGAGCUUGAUAUAAGCAACAGCGAGCUUUACAAUCUUGAGUCAGGUUGUUUCAAUUGUUUAUCCCAACUUUGCAAGCUUGAUAUCAGCGAUAACAGCCUAGCAACAUUAUCCAAAGAUGUAUUCAAUGACCUUGUAAAUCUUCAUGACUUAAAUUUAAAAUCAAACAGAUUAAACAAUCUUGAGUCAGGUUGUUUCGAUGAUUUAUCACAACUUGAGAAUCUUGAUAUCAGCAAUAACAGACUGACAUCAUUGCCCGAAAGUGUAUUCAAUGGUCUCGAAAAUCUUUGUUACCUACUUUUACAAUCAAACAACCUAGAUAAUCUUGAGUCAGGUAUGUUCAAUAAUUUACCAAGGCUUAAGACACUUUAUAUCAAUAAAAAUAAAUUGACAAGUUUAUCAAAAGAUAUAUUCAAUGAUCAACAAAGGCUUCAGACCUUACAUUUAAAUUCGAAUAAACUACAAAACCUUGAGCCAGGUAUUUUCAAUUAUUUAUCACAACUUGAUAUACUUGAUAUUAGCGAAAACAAACUUACAACUUUAUCAAAAGAUAUAUUCAGUGGUCUACUGAGUCUACGUCUCCUACGAUUAAAUUCAAACCAACUGAUUCACCUUGAGACAGGUACUUUUAAUGAUUUAUUGAAACUAAAAGAUCUUUCUAUCGGUGAAAACAAUUUGACAACUCUAUCAAAAGAUAUAUUUAGUAGUUUAAAAGAACUUUGUUGUUUCAAUGAUUUAUCACAACUUCAGGGACUUAAUCUCAGCAAAAACAAACUGACAACUUUAUCAAAAGAUAUAUUUAGUAGUUCAAAAGGGCUUUCUAAUCUUGAUUUGAAUUCAAACCAACUCCAAAAUCUUGAGUCAGGUUGUUUCAAUGAUUUAUCACAACUUCAUGGACUUUAUCUCAGCAAAAACAAACUGACAACUUUAUCAAAAGAUAUAUUUGAUGGUUUACAAAUGCUCGGUGUCUUACAUUUAAAUUCAAAUGAGCUACAAAACCUUGAGUCAGGUUGUUUCAAUGAUUUAUCACAACUUCAGAGACUUAAUCUCAGCAAAAACAAACUAACAACUUUAUCAAAAGACGUAUUAAAUGGUUUACAAAAGCUUUUUAUUCUAAAUUUAGAUUCGAAUGAACUACAAAACCUUGAGCCAGGUAUUUUCAAUAAUUUAUCAGAACUUCAUACACUUAUUAUUAGCGGAAACAAACUGACAACUUUAUCGAAAGAUAUAUUUAAUGGUUUGCAAAAGCUCCGUACUUUAGAUUUAAAUUCGAAUGAGCUGCAAAACCUUGAGUCAGGUUGUUUCAAUAAUUUAUCAGAACUUCAUACACUUGAUAUUAGCGGAAACAAACUGACGACUAUAUCAAAAGAUGUUUUAAAUGGUUUACAAAAGCUUAGUGUCUUAAAUUUAAACUCGAAUGAACUACAAAACUUUGAGUUAGGUAGUUUCAAUAAUUUAUUAGAACUUCAGGAACUGAAUAUUAGUAGAAACAAACUGACACUUUUAUCAAAAGAUUUAUUAUAUGGUUUACAAAAGCUUCUUGAUUCGUAA